AUGGCCUCGUGUGAUUCUUCCAAUGUCCUCGAACCUAUCCCACUAAACCAGCUCCAUGAUGCAUCACAACCGCCGUUGAAGAAACGCAAGUUAGUCGCGUCAAAUGAAUGGGUAGCAGAUAACAUCGUCAUACGGGCUCACGCCGCGUCAUUGUAUGACGAUCCGUACGUGUUUGAACCGAUUGCGGUGUUUCCACGACUCCAAUUACCUCUUGAGUGGCUUGAGGCCCCCUCCGCAUUAUCGCAGAUUCAAUCCGGUAGCCUUUUUGUCGCAAAUAUCCCUGCGCUCGAGUCGAAUUCGCAACAGGAGCCGGUCGUCGUGAUCGUGCGAUUAUCCUCUGACGGUGGAAUCUAUGUGAUUGAACGAGCCAAACGAGGGAUAUAUUCCCUUUCAAAAUUAGCCCGCGGCGUGGAGGAGGGAGAUAUUCGUGUGGCGCUCAAGGCGUCUAGUCGGCGAGCGAAUAUCCUCGCCCCGUGCUCGUCUUGCCAACAGCCAGACGUUGCUUCUGAUGGUGACUGGUGGCGGCUGGCGCAGGUCGAUGACCCUGCGCCUGAUCUCAGUCUACAACUACCCGCAAAACGAGCCAAAGUUGAUUUUGUUUUUGGAAUGUCCGCUGAAUCUGUGGAUCGUGAUGAGCGGAUGAAGGGCGCCUCCCCCAUGGACUCGAUGGAGAGGAGUUCCAGCGUCGAUGCUCGUAUAGUUUCCGUACCGCCGGAGGCCCAAGUACCUGUCGAAACCGCGAUACCCGGUGGCGAAGUUGAUGACGGGAAUGCUUGUGAAUCUACGCAGACUCCCCAGGAAUUACUGGAUGGACUGAGGGAGCAGUACCUGCAGGCUCUUUAUGUCUCCAAGGCAUCCGUUGCGUACUUCGCCAAAGGUCCACUAUCGCGCUGUCGGGCCGCAUUCCAAGCUGCAGAUUCUACUGCGGGCAGUAUAUUCGAACUCGUUGAUUUCUACCGAGGGGCUAUUUUAACAGCCAAGAAGAUGGACUUGAAAUUUCGCGAAAGCUUACCGGCAACUAUACAUGAUAUCGUGCUCAAAAUAUCAGACGAUGAGGCGGAGCCGAGAAAGCGAAAGAGCAAGAAGAAAUCACUGGGAAGAAAUGGUCUUUAUCCAGAGGAACCAGACUUUAUCCACAAAUGGUGGAAGAAUCGGGCAAUGACAGAAACAGGUGGUUUAGGUGAAACCUCCAGGGAUGCAGAAAUAAAAAAGCACGUUUCCGACUUGCGCUUACGGGAAACGCAGCUCCAAAUCCUGCUGAUCCUGGAAACAAUUGCGCUUGAGACGGCCGCUGUGGACGAAGCAAAGAAAGCUGGCCAGGAAGCGGCUGCUGAUGCGUCUCAGAAGCCGAAGAGUAAGAAGGCUCAGGAUCUGAAUGUAAUGCUUGAACUCCAUCUUGAUCGUCUUUGCAUCUGGCAUGCCGUGAGCUUUGACGAUGCGCCUGUUUCCGAGUCUCAGGCAUCUGGAAGUGCCCAACAAUCUAGUAAAGGCGGAAGCGACGCGAUGAGAGAUUUCUGCACAGAAGUCAUCAUACCGUUCUAUGCUUCGCGGCUACCAGAUCGCUGCAAAUCCAUUACCCGGAAACUGGGGGUUUCCGCCAGCACAAUUCCGGCGCUGCCCAAGUCGGCGAAGAAACCUUGGAAAGAACAAGGGACUGUUGAACGCAAUACGUCUCACAAGUCCCGCCGUACGCUACAGCGCGUUCUAACAGACGAGCAAGCCACGUCGCAUAGCCGCUCACAACCCUCGCUGAAUCGGUCGAUCACCGCCCCGUCGCAGAUAGAGAGUAAGCGAGAAACUACCCCCUUGCUACCGACAGUCAACACUAGCGUUCGAGGUGGUAUCCAGAAAGCGAAGAGAGCGGAGAACAGAGAGGUGGACCUGUUUGCCGUAGCACGGCAGCACGAGACGAAACUGAAGCGCGUGCAAAUGCUAGCUGAUCAGAAGCGAGAGUUGGAUGCUGCUAUUUUGGCCCUUCGGAAGCCAAACCGCGAGCUAGUGGCGAAGGAUAUUGCCCAAGAUGCAGAAAAGCGGGCCUCCAGCUCAAGAAAGCCCAAAAACCCGGUUCGAAAUCCACUAGGACAAGGUGUUCAGGUCAUGGCCACGCCGAGCAAAGUACGAAAGAGAGAUGCUGUCGUCGGCCUUCCGCCCUUGCCUAAGAGUGUCUCGCGCUCUAAAUCAAAAGCGACAGCCGCCUCCUCAUCGCCUUUCACGGGUGAGCCGCAAGUUAUCCCUGGAUCUACCAAUAAGCCCAGCUCUUUGCCCUUUACAACUGAUGCCGCGGUACAAGAGACGCCGUCACGCCGUCCACCUCAGCCUCCGAGCUCAUCUAAAGACACCACCGAACCUGCCGUGGCAGAAACCCCGAUUCCAGGGACUGGAAACCUCUUCCGCGUUCCCCGCCGACCAGCCUCUCAAACCACAGAAACAGGACCCAUGACUCCCGUCCGAUCACAGCAUAUAGAUGCUACAGAAGCUGUCACACCUCUCGACAGCCGCCAUAUUGAAACAAAUUUACCCCCGCCACCCCCGCCGCUCUUUGCUCUACCUACCAAAAAAACCCCAUCAAACUCUUCAAUGGUCUUUGAGACACCUCCGAAGCCUAAACCUGCUCCAGGUCCUGUCCCUGUGGUGACCGCUCGUCAACCUAAUCUUUCUGGGUCGGGUCCUGUUUCUGCCCUUGCUUCUGCCCCUAAAGAGGCGCAAGUCGUGCCUGUGACGCCGGAGAAAUCGAUAUAUUCGGCAUUGGGCUGGGAUGAUGACGAUGAUGAGCUUGCAUUAUGA